GUCACACCUGGACCUGGACCUGCUGCUUCACUGACCCAGGACCUGCUGCUUCACUCCCUCACUGACCCAGGACCUGCUGCUACACUGACCCAGGACCUGCUGCUUCACUCCCUCACUGACCCAGGACCUGCUUCCCACAUUGACCCAGGACCUGCUCCCUCACUGACCCAGGACCUGCUUCCCACAUUGACCCAGGACCUGCUGCUUCACUCCUUCACUGACCCAGGACCUGCUCCCUCACUGACCCAGGACCUGCUUCCCACAUUAACCCACGACCUACUCCCUCACUGACCCAGGACCUGCUCCCUCACUGACCCAGGAUCUGCUUCCCACAUUGACCCUGGACUUGCUCCCCUCACUGACCCAAGACCUGUUGCCUUCACUAACCCAGGACCUGUUGCCUUCACUAACCCAGGACUUGCUACUUCACUCAGUCACUGACUCAGGACCUGCUACCUUUACUCUCUUACUUACCCAGGACCUGCUCCCUUCACUGACCCAGGAAACACUGCCUUAACCCCCUCACUGACCCCGGACUUACUACCUUCACCGACACAAGACUUGCUGGCCUCUCUCCAUCACUGACCUAGUACCUGCUGGCAUCUCUCCAUCACUGACCCAGGACUUGCUGGGCUCUCUCCAUCACUGACCCAGGACCUGCUGGGCUCUCUCCAGACUGACACAAGAGCUUCUACUUUGCUUCACACCUGGAACUCCUUCCUUCCUGCUCAGAGACUCAGGAGCUGCUGAUUUACCGGUGCUGCUGGCCUCUUGAACUUGGAUUGCUGAGGAUCAUGUCCUGUCUGUGAUUCAGAGAAACCUGGAGCUUCUGUCUGGACUGCAUUAGAUAGCAAUCUGUGGAUUGUACGCCCCAGUUUGGGGUUCCUGGAUUCUGCAUUCUUCCCAAACUCUGCAGGAUCCUCUGAUCUGAUGGAAAAGUCCAAGAAUUUCCGGAUUGAUGCUCUUUUGGCCAUCGACCCACCCAAAGCUCAGACAUCUCCUCUGGCACUGGUCACCUCAUUGUCCUCCUCCUCUCUGUCAACUUCUGGAAGCCCUCCCUCUGAACACACAGACAGCCUGAGGACAGACACCCCAUCACCUCCAAGGACUUGUGGACUAGUACCCAAACCAGGCUUUCUGAGCAAUCACCAGCACCCUAGCAACAUGAUGGGCUUACACCCCCAGGGGGGCACCGGGAUCCACCCUCAGGCCCUUUAUGGACACCCUGUCUACAGCUAUUCAGCAGCUGCUGCUCUGGCAGCAGGUACGCACCCAGCCUUGUCCUACCCUUACAGCCAAAUCCAGGGAGCCCAUCACAGCCACCACAUGGACCCCAUCAAGAUCAGUGCUGGGACUUUCCAACUGGACCAGUGGCUGAGAGCCUCUACAGCUGGCAUGAUGCUCCCCAAAAUGGCAGACUUUAACUGUAAGUUCUCCUUGACAUGCCCACAGUUCAUAUUAAUGAGAGCCCAUAUAGACAGCAAACCAGCUAUUUACUAUAUUAAACUGUAUAGAUUCAAUAAACCCAGUGAUUAUAUAAUGAGAGACAGCAAAUCAGCUACUUACUAUAUUACACUGCUAGAUUCAAUAAAUCCAGUGAUUAUAUAAUGAGAGACAGCAAAGCAGCUAUUUACUAUAUUACACUGCUAGAUUCAAUAAAUCCAGUGAUUAUAUAAUGAGAGACAGCAAAGCAGCUAUUUACUAUAUUACACUGCAUUUAGGUACAAUAAAUCCAGUGAUUAUAUAAUGGGAGACAGCAAACCAGCUAUUUACUAUAUUACACUGCUAGAUUCAAUAAAUCCAGUGAUUAUAGAAUGAAAGACAGCAAACCAGCUAUUUACUAUAUUACACUGUAUAGAUUCAAUAAAUCCAGUGAUUAUAUAAUGAGAGACAGCAAACCAGCUAUUUACUAUAUCACACUGUAUAUAUACAAUAAACCCAGUGAUUAUAUAAUGAGACAGCAAACCAGCUAUUUAUUAUAUUACACUGUAUAGAUACAAUAAAUCAAGUGAUCACAAAAGAGUCAAUAUAGACAGCAUACCAUUUAUUUACCAUAUUACACUGUAUAGAUUAUAAAUUCAGUGAUCAAAUAUUUACUAUAUUACACUGUAUAGAUUAUAAAUCCAGUGAUCAAAUAGUUAUUGUAUUACACUGGGUAUAUAGAUACAUUGAAUCCAAUGAUCAUAUAAUAAGAGUCCACAUAGACACAUUUAUACAAUAAAUCCAGUGAUCUCAGAAUGAGAGCCCAUGUAGGGAGCAAACCAAAUAUUUUUUUUUAUUACAUUGGAUGUAUCUAUGAAUCCUAUAAUACGAGUUCCUAUUGAUGUUAAACCAUCGAUUUACCACAUUCCACUUUUAUAUAACCAUAUUUGAAAACCUUUUAGAUAUCUAACAUUCUAUUUACUAUAUUACACGACAUAUAUACUGUGAAUAUACAUAGAUAUCAUAUAUUAUAUUUACUAUAUUACACGGCAUAUAUACUGUGAAUAUACAUAGAUAUCAUAUAUUAUAUUUACUAUAUUACACGACAUAUAUACUGUGAAUAUACAUAGAUAUCAUAUAUUAUAUUUACUAUAUUACACGACAUAUAUACUGUGAAUAUACAUAGAUAUCAUAUAUUAUAUUUACUAUAUUACACGACAUAUAUACUGUGAAUAUACAUAGAUAUCAUAUAUUAUAUUUACUAUAUUACACGACAUAUAUACUGUGAAUAUACAUAGAUAUCAUAUAUUAUAUUUACUAUAUUACACGACAUAUAUACUGUGAAUAUACAUAGAUAUCAUAUAUUAUAUUUACUAUAUUACAAGAUAUAGGUUCAUGGAUCUAAUACUGUGAAUAUAAAUAGAUAUGAUAUAUUAGAUUUACUAUAUUACACGACAUAUAUCCAUGGAUAUAAUAGUGUGAAUAUACAUAGAUAUCAUAUAUUAAAUUGACUGUUACGUGAUAUAAAUUCCUGGAUCUAAUACUGUGAAUAUAAAUAGAUAUGAUAUAUUUACUAAAUUACACGAUAUAUAUCCAUGGAUCUAAUACUGUGAAUAUAAAUUGAUUCAUAUAUUAUAUUUACUAUAUUACACGAUAUAGAUUCAUGAAUCUGAUGUAAAUCUAUUUACAAAUGAAACAUUCUAUUUAUAAAGUAUGUAUCAAUGAAUAUUUACAGACCACUAUAUAUUGCACAGGAUAUUUAAAAAUGCCCAGAGCUCCAAGAAUGACUCCAUACUGAUAGCAGACCAAUAAUCUACAAUAAUACACAGCGUGUUCUUAUAAAUUUAACAUUAAGUAUCCAUAUAAAUAUCAAUAUCACCAUUUUAUAUAUGUCUGUCUAUCUGUCUAUCUAUCUAUCUAUCUAUCUAUCUAUCUGUCUGUCUGUCUGUCUGUCUGUCUGUCUGUCUAUCUAUCUAUUUAUCUGUCUGUCUGUCUAUUCACACACAUUGCCAUCUGCAAUGUAUAUUUAUAUAUGUAUAUUUACGAUAUUACACCUGCCAUAUAAAAGAAUCUAAAAUAAUAUUUAUAGAUUAAAAUAAUGCAAUUAUAAUAUUACAACGAUUAUAACGAAUUAGUGUAACUUCGGCUGCAGGGGGAAACAUUAAAAACAGACAGAAUACGAUGGAUCGCAAUAACUGACAGAAUUCCUUGUUCUUUUACCAAUACAUAAUAUAAAUUAUUCAAAGUUCAAAAUAACAAAAUGUUUACAGACUCAAAGUAUGAUGUCAAAUUAAAAUAUAAAUAUUAUUAUUAAAAUACAUUGACGGGAGUUUUCUGAAAUUCAUUAAUAUAAAAAUGCACCCAGGAUCUGUUAGCAAAAUAAAAUAUGUGCAAGAUAUAAGAUAAAAAGAUAUCACAUACAGAGUGUGACAUUAAAUUAGAUAGAUUAAUACAUAUAUACAUAACAACGUUAAACAAUACCUACAGAUAUACACUGUGUAUAUAUAUAUAGUCACGCUUACUGCAAGACUAGUUUUUCUGUACAAUAUUUUGUAUGUAAAUGAUAUAAAUAUUAUUCUAUUUUUUUUUAUUCAAUCCACUUUUUUUUCUAAAACAUUACAUUUUCUGUGUAAACAUAUGUCUUCGUAGAAAACCCAGGGCUCAGCAAUGCAGACUGGGUAUACCAAGUCUAUAUAUAUAUAUACACACACACACACACACACACACACAGACUUUCAUUUCUCCAAUCCUUUUUUGCAUAUUAUAGCUAAUUGUAUUAUUAGUGUACAAAAGGUAUAUUUUAAAAUACAUUUUGAUUGCAACAUUUUAUAUAUUAAACCAAAUUAACAAAUGAUUUAUCGUUGCCACUAGUGUAUUUAGAAUAUUGUAUAUACAUCUAAGUUAUAUAAAGUCUCCUUCUAUGUAUAUACCGUGUGUACACAAUGCAGCAAUCUCUCUCUCUCUGCUGAACAGGACCCCAUUGUGCUGGACCACUUAGAAGGGGAUUCUGACUGCACACAAAACAUUUAGUGCUGUUGUCACUGGGUGAUGUUUGUGUUGGGAGAUGUCAGGAAGGUGAGAGAUUUUGUCUCUCUGUACACUCUAUAGACAGCCUGCCUGGCUUAUCCAAACAGUGCAUGGCCAGUAUCCCAGGGAUCUCACGUUCUGCCCAAUCCACAGAUCAUUCCCAAUGUGGCAUGUAUCCUGUAUCUAUACAGUGAGUGCAGACAGCCAGCCAGCCCAAUAGCCAUGUGGCAGAACAAAGCACAGAUUCUCACUUCAUGUCACCAAUGCACUCUGCUUAAUCACUGCAUAACACAAUCUCUACUCUAACACUUCCACAGAGUAAGGUCUCUGCAGUGGAGCUGUGGGGUGUUUCUUCUUAAUAAGAGGUGUAAUAUAUAAUCCUGUUAUGGGUGUGAGGUUUAAAUGAAACCUCUGUCAAUGGAAAUAAAGUUCUCUUAUAAAUUCUGUGACACUUCUCACUUCAGAUGUUUGUAAAGGCUGGCUGAGGGUGAUGUGAAAGGCAGUUGGCAUGCAGUUCUGGGAUGCCAAGGUUAGACGGGACACUUUGCCCUUCCAUUAAGUGUAAUGAUGUACAUGUACAGAGUUUCUGGAAACCCAAAUGAUCGAUUCUAGGUGUAGAACUGCAUAGCUGUUUGUAUCAAUCCAGUCCUUGUGAGCUGCACAGUCACUGGGUAACAGACAGGGUUAGAAACACAGACUGUGAAAGACAGUUUAUAAUGCCCACACAGGGUACUUUAGUUAAAAUAUUCUAACUAAUUAUUUCUGCAUUAUCCAUUGUGGAAUUGGGUUUCCUCCUUUAACUAAAUCAGGGGGUUAGCAACUAAUAAGUUAUCUGUGAUCAAUUUAUCUAUCUAUCUAUCUAUCUAUCUAUCUAUCUAUCUAUCUAUACACUAUCUAUCUAUCUAUCUAUCUAUCUAUCUAUACCGUAUCUAUCUAUCUAUCUAUCCAUCUAUCUAUCUAUACCGUAUCUAUCUAUCUAUCUAUCUAUCUAUCUAUCUAUCGAUACACUGUCUGUCUGUCUAUCUAUCUAUCUAUACACUAUCUAUCUAUCUAUCUAUCGAUACACUAUCUGUCUGUCUGUCUGUCUGUCUAUCUGUCUGUCUGUCUGUCCUAUCUACGCAUAUACUCUGUUACACUAUAUCUAAUUCUUCUAUUAAACAAUAAAGACUUAUAUAUAUACAAAGAAAAGACAUAUUGGUUCCCAGUUCUCUCGGUUUAGUCCUUCAGUCCCUUGUCCCGUGUUUUGUUAGCGCUAUUUGUGUUUAUUUAUAACAGUGUCAGUACAAUAUGAGAGGCACUUGUUUAAUGGUUGGAUUAGAUUUCAAGGAUGUCCCUUAAAUAAACAGUUAUUUAUCUGAUUGUGGGAUUAGAGGCGAUAAUUACAUUGAGAACAAGCUCUAGCUGCUAUCUCUCUCUCCCUUUGAUUACAAAGCAUGGCUUCAGUUUCAAAGGGUUUUAUUGCCCCCCUCCCACCCCUCUCUCCUCCAUUUCCUGGACAUUUCACACCCUUUCACUGCCAGAGGGGGAAGCAAUGCACAGAGCCCAGCUGAUCGCCAUGAAGGGGUUAAGCUCGCCAUGGGUUAAUAAUCCGGAUGGCGAAUUCCAGCAAACCUGGGGAAGUGCUGUAUAAAUGCCAUAUAUUUCACUGGGAUUGCAACUUCUUAAAUGAAAUGUAAAGUAGGAGUGAGUGUUAUUCUCCAUUAAACUGACACAGUGUGCAUUAUAUUAUUAUAUUAUUAUAUUAUAUUGUACAUUAUAGCUGCAGUGAGGAGCCAACCCUUAAUGUAUUCACAGGAAACACAGGAUUAAACUCCCACUGAUAUCCUGUUACAAUGUAUUUCUUUCUUUCCUUCUUUCUUUCUCGUUAUCUCUUCAUCCAUCUUUCCAUUUUUCCCUCCCUCUCUCAUCUUCUAUUUUCAUUUCUCCCUCUCUCUCUCUUCUUUUAUUUUUCUUGCUCUUUGUCUCUUUCUCUCUCUCUUUCUCUCUCUCUCUUUCUCUCUCUCUCUCUCUCUCUCUCUCUCUCUCAUUCUCUCUCUCCCUUUCUAUUUUUCUUGCUCUGUCUCUCUUUCUCUCUCUCCCUUUCUCUCUCUCUCAUUCUCUCUCUUUCUCUCUCUCUCUCUUUCUCUCUCUCUCUCUUUCUCACCCCCUCUCUCUUCCUUUCUCUAUCACAUUCUCUCUUUCUUUCUGUUUCUCUCUCUCUCGCUCUCCCUUUCUCUCUCGCUCUCUGUCUCUCUCUCUCUUUUCUCCCUUUCUCUCUCACUCUCCUUUUCAAUCUCUCCUUUUCUCUCUCUCUCCCUUUCUCUCUCUCAUUCUCUCUCUCUCUCUUUCCUUGUGUCACUGUGUUUGUAUGUAAGCAGUCUCUGUUGUAUUUGCAGCCCAGGCCCAAUCGAACCUGCUGGGAAAGUGCCGGAGACCCAGAACCGCAUUCACCAGCCAGCAGUUACUGGAACUCGAACAUCAGUUUAAACUCAAUAAAUAUCUGUCCAGGCCGAAACGUUUCGAAGUGGCCACAUCGUUAAUGCUCACGGAGACCCAGGUACAAACAGAAUGAAUACUCACCUCAUAAUCUACACUGAUUGUUUGAUAUUAAUACCCCCUUUAUUAUUGUUUUAUUUUAUAAUCAUUAUCUGGUAACAUUCUUACAUCAUGUGACUUACUGCUCUACAUAAACACAUCAAUAAUUACAACAAAAAAAGGGUUUAAAAGUUGUGAAAUCUGUAUGAAUAAUUAUUAAUGCAAUGCGCUAUCUUUAUUAAAAUGACUCUAAUUAAUUACUUUAACAAAGCUUAAUACAAGAUAUCAUGUAUAAUGGACAGAUAGACAUGGUUAAUAAAUCUUUAUUAUGUCAGUUAUAUUGAAAUGUAAGAAUACAAUACUAACAAUUAGAAUUGUUAUAUAUAUUUUUUUUUUAUUAAAAGUUCAAUUUUUUUAUGUUUCCCAUCUCUGUCCCAUUCUGGCAGUGAGAGGGUUAACACACUGGGUUAAUACACAAUUUCUAGUAGCAAUUAACCCUUAAAAUUCCAAAAAGUAACUAUUAUCCCUUUCCUAGGAAGGCAAUUAAUGCGGAAGUAAAUAUUCUUAGGGUUAAGAAAAUGAUUUUUCUUUUUGUUUAAAAUUUCUGCUCCAGACAAUGUGUGUAAUCUUUGAGAAAGGCAAAUUCGUUGUGUAAAUCCAUCUGAUCAUAUCUACCAAUACAUUAAAUGAGAUACUUGUAUCUGUGUUAGAUUAGUGACACAGACUGUGUCAGAAUCACAUUCACCCACAUGUUACACAGUUCUAUUAUAUGUGUAUUAAUAAAUCAUGUCUAUUCAUUAUAUUACAUUGAUAUUAAAUGGGAAGUAAACACAAUCAGGGUUAAUUACUAAGGAGAUCAUUAAAGUGAUUUUCAAAUUUAAGCCCAAAGUAGACAACCUUGGAGCACAGCUACUUUAGACAUACAUUUGAAAUUACCGCCAAUUCUCAUUUAGUAAAUAACCCUGAAUGUAUUGUCUGAUUAGACUUGCGCAAGAAGCUUUAUUACAUGGGAGAUAUAAUCAAAGUAUUAAUACGUCAUAUUGUCCCAAUUUAUUAAACAUGACUCUAGCUCUAUAUGGACAGGACACACAGCUGUAUUAAAGGGGAGUAAAUGCAAUAUAUGAAUUAUCACAUGCACACAAAAUAUUAGACUGAACACAAAUAGUUAUAUUAUAUGGGAGAUUUCAAUUGAGAAUUUAAACUUAAUACCAGAUAAUUUUCCAUCCUGCCAUAAUGUCAAGGAGUUGAAAAAAGCAUACCACCAUCACCACCACCAAUACCACAGAAUACACAAUAUCACCUAUUGUAUACCACCACCCAAAAUGCAUACCGCAACACAGAUUGCACACUACCACACAGUAUGCAUACCACAACACAGAAUACAUACCACAGUGCAGAAAGAUACCGCCAAAUAGAAUGCAUACCACCAUGCAAAAUGUUUAUCACCACACCGCAUAGCAUCAUAUGAAAUACAUACCACCAUACAGUAUGUAUAUCACCAUGCAGAACACUUACCACCACCCAUAAUGCAUACAGCCAUAUUGAAAUUAAAUACAUACCGCCAUAUAGUAUGAAUACCCCCAUACAGAACACUUACCACCACCCAUAAUGCAUACAACCAUAUUGAAAGCAUAGCAUCAGAUUAAAUACAUACCGCCAUACAGUAUGUAUAUCACCAUGCAGAACACUUACCACCACCCAUAAUGCAUACAGCCAUAUUGAAAUUAAAUACAUACCGCCAUACAGUAUGAAUACCCCCAUACAGAACACUUACCACCACCCAUAAUGCAUACAGCCAUACUGAAAUUAAAUACAUACCACCAUACAGUAUGAAUACCCCCAUACAGAACACUUACCAAGCACAAUUACAUAGUUACAUAGGCUCAAAAGAGACACUUUCACCAAGUUCAGCCUUUCUCAUAUUUGUUUUUUGCUGUUGAUCCAGGCAAAAAAUCCAGUUUGAAGCACUUCCAAAUUUGCAACAAACUAGGAAAAAAACCUCUUCUUCACCCCAGAAUGGCAGUCAGAUAUCUCCUUGGAUCAAGAAGCUGUUACCCCACAUGUUAAAAAUUAUACCCCUCUAGCAUGUAAGCUCAUUGAGCAGGGCGCUCAACCCCUCUGUUCCUGUGCGUCUACUUGUCUGGUAACAAAUACGUGUCUGUUAGUCCACCCAUUGUACAGCACUACGGAAUGUGUUGGCGCUUUACAAAUAAUAAAAUAAUAAUACAAAUAAUAAUAUCCCUGAAUAUUAGGUUGUUGCAAAUAUUUAUUCAAUUGCUGUUUAAAUAUGUGUACAUACUCUGACAAAACCACCUCUUCAGGCUGAGAAUUCCACAUCCUUAUUGUUCUUACUGAAAAAAAAAAAAACAUCCCCUUUGCCUUAGACUAAAUCUUCUUUCAUAUAUUGCCAUACAGAAUGCCUUCCAAAACUAUUUUUCUAUAUUCAAUGUUCUAUCCCUUAGAUUAGUAAUUCUGAUUGGUUUAUUUUUUGUGGUCGUCGUGGUUGAUAUUUUAAUUCCAAGAGAUGCAUACACUUUGUAAUAUUGCAAGUGGCCCUUAAAGUGUGCCUAGCUGCUACACAGAGGGGGAGCCAUCCACGGGUUUGCACUAAGCCAGAUUCCUCUUCUGAAAAAUAGCAGCAUAAAUAUACUACACAUCAUGGCUUCCAUUGCAAUACAUAGGGUUAUUCAAUAAAGUGUGAGUUGUUGAGAAUUUGUAAUAAACUGUAAGUAAAUUUUAGAUUUAGUCCAAAAUUUCAGCUCAGAAAACUGGUAAUUCUGACUUCUUUUACAAUAUAAAUCAGGCUAUGAAAAUCAUAAUAUUGUAGUAAGCAAUUUAUAUAAUUUUGUACAUUUUAUAUUGAGAAUUUUAGAAGAUUUCUGCUUACUUUUCUACUAAUCCAAAGUAAUAUUUCUACUAUUCUUUCAUUCUUUUUGGAUUUAAAUUGGAAUAAUCUGUUAAAUUGGGACCAUUCGUUAGAGGGCUCGUUACACAGGAUUCGUUCUCUAACCUAACGGUUAUUUCUUCUCUCUUUAUUUGGUAUUUCAUCUUACCAUCAUUUAUUAGGUUCCAAGAAAUGGCUAGAGAUUUGCAGAACACUAUUCUGCAUGUCUGGAUCCAACAAGAAACCACUCCACUCCACCUUUAGUUAACCACACAACAAGCAAAGAAAUCACAUACGCACAGAUUUUCUUUUAUUUAUGGAGUGUGUGUUACAAAUAUAUAAACUCACUCCUUUAUAAAUACAUGUUUUUCAACAUGGUCGGCAUCAAAAUUCUUAGGGCCCCUUACAAACCCACUGGCUGGGCCCCACUACACUACACACUUCCAAACACACACAGGUUUCCAGAUUGAGAUUCUCUAACACACUCUCCCAAAAAGAUAUGCACACUCACAGACAUUCACAGACAUCAUAGACACUCACAUAUACUCACAGACACUCAUAUAUAUUUACAGACACUCACAGACAUGCACAUAUACUCGCAGACAAUCACAGACAAUCACAGACAACCACAGACAAUCACAGACACUCACAUACACUCAUACACAGAUAUACAUUCUAGACACUCUCAUGGAAUAUCUACAUAUAAAUAUAUACUUACAGAAACUGCUAGAAACACACCGCAAUAACCACUAUCAGGCACACACCUAAUGCGUACCACACACUGCUUAAUGUAUACACACAAUCACACUGGUAAACACAUACACAGUGCUACAUACACCAUGCUAAACAUAUACACAUGCACUCUGAUACACACACUCUGCUACACACACACAUAUAUUGCUAAACACACACCCAGCUAAAGAGACACACAUUACAGCACACACCAUAUACACAAUAUUUCUACACACACACUACUACACACAUUGCUAAAGCUAAACAUAUAUAUAUACAAUUCUGUGUGCACACACACACUGCUGUACACAAUGCAAAACAUAUACAGUAUUAAACACACUAUUAACACAGUCAAAUUUAUAUUUAUUUUAUAGUUACCAUUUUGCAGCCAGAAGGUGGCUUCUCUGGGGUCUAGUGGGGAUCGGGAAGGUAUAUCGCUGUGGGCUCCUGGCUUAUCUUCUAACCUCCAAUGUGUCUUCCACAUAUAAGAGUUGGGAGGAAGUGAUUUGAAAUCAAACAGGAGAAGAGGGGGCAGUCACUGAUGUCCAUUAAGUCACUGAUGACCUCAAUGCGGUCUGUUCGAUGCGGGCACCUUAACUGAGUACUGGUUACCACACCCUGAUGGCAGCACUGUUUGUCAAUCAAAAAAGCAUUUCAAACCUCAACAUAGUUUAUGUAAGAAAGAUCCAAUACCCCUUUCCAACGAUUGUCUUUCUAACAUUGAGACAGUUGGCAAGGUUCUUCUCGAUAACUGUUCUGGAUUUCCCCUAUAGAUAGAAUUUUGAGCAGGACAUAUGUCGAGACUUUACGCUCUCUUUUACUGUGUUACUAGUAGUCAAAAUGUUUGUCGCACAUAUAAGCUAGUUUAACUGCUAAUUUUUUGUGUUUACUACAAAAUCUCCUAACUGUUAAGGGCUUUACUUCUUUUACUAGCUAAAGCACACACAUAAAGCUGUAGAUUUUGGUUAUAAUUAUUUGAGAACUCUGGCCAGUCUUUUCCCGACGUGUGUUAGAUGUAGCUUGCUGUUUUCUUUCAUAACUUUGCAUGGUUUAUAAUAAGAUCAGAGAUUCUUCGUGACCCACUGGUGAAUUAAUUAAUGGUUUUGUUACUCCACCCCAAUCACCGUUUACCCUAGGGGAAUCCUCCAAUCUGGACCCGUGGGACAGGUUUAAAGGCUAUUGUUCCUAGGAAUAUAAACCUAAAUAGUCUUCUGAGAUCUUGUAUAUAUUUUUUCUUUUUUUAAGUGUUUGCUAUGUUGUACGGAGUGAUGGACUUUUGUGCAGUGAUAUGAAAUAUAUGAGCACUAAAUGAUUAUAUUGAACUGAAUUGAUUCCCAUAGUGUAUGACCAAUUUAUUAAUUCACAGUUUUAUAUUUUCCCUGUAGGUGAAGAUCUGGUUCCAGAACAGGCGCAUGAAAUGGAAAAGAAGCAAAAAAGCAAAAGAGCAGGCCGUACAGGAUGCAGAGAAACACCAGAGAUCAGGAAAGGGUAACUGUGACGAGAAGUGUCAGGAGGACGCCCAAGAGGAGAAGACUUCUUUCCACCUUCACUCCAGGGGGGAACCACUUAAAAGUGGUAGCCGCCUGCCAAGGGACUACUCUGACAGUGAAGAAGAGGAGGACAGAGAAGACGAUGAUGAAGAGCAGAGGGGCGGAAAACAUUUCUGCCACCAUUCAUCUGACUGUACAUCAGAAGACGAUGAUAACACUCAUAAAAAGCAGAGUAGUCACAUGCACUGAGUGUUCAACAUGGACCGCAUCGCCAUUUGCACCUCAUUGACCACUGUUAGGGACCUCCAUAUUGAACUUUAUUAGAGGACAUCUGAUAACCCUAUAGUGCAAGAACCCACCCUGUUGGGAACCACUCUCCAUGUGAUCACAGUCAUUAGCAAAAAAAAAAAUCAGGAUCGAUAACUAAAUUGUCAACUGUUACAUUGACACCACAUAGAGAGUGCCAUCUUGACCAAGUUGAUGAACAACCACUAUUCCAAGUACAUCCAUCACUAGCUUUCCAGUUGUUACCCAUCCCAUACAUGCAUCAAGAAGAUAUGUAUCUACAAAACUAGUGUACUGUCCUUAUGGUUGUAUAACUAGAGGAGGAAUUUUCCUAUAGCAGAUUAAGAACAGAGGGAUGUGGGCCUUCUGCAUUAGAAAAUAGAACGGACACUAUUUGGUGGGAAUACUCUAUAAAUGUUUACUUCGUGACCGAUAAACCUGCUAGAGAUGUUUAAGCUGUGUACUGG